AUGAAUGAAUCAAGAAGAAUCAGAUUUGGUUUCUUAUUCUUCUUCAUCCUCAUCAUCUUGAUCUCUUGUGGGAUUUCACCAGUAUCUUCAGAUGAGGGUGUCGCCAGGAAAGAAGAUAAUCCGUCUCUUUUAAAGAUCAUAUGUGGGAUCUUUGGCAAGAAGUUUCCACCGAGUUCUUGGGAAUUGAUUCAGGGUGCAAUGCAGAAAAUCCAGAUGAAGCUUUACCCUCCAAAUCUAGAUUUCAGAAGCAGCAGCGAUAAAAACAACAACAAGGACGAAGAAGGAGAAGAUAAAGGAGAGAAAGUGAAAGAAGCGGCGACAAGGAGCCUUGAAGUAAGCAAAGAAGUUAUUGAAGAGUCUGCAAAACUAGCAGGUGGUGUUGUAGGAGAAGUAGUUCACAAAACAGCUGAGAAAGUCACCAAAAAAAACUCACAUGAUGAAAUGUAA